AUGCCUCGACCGUCAUUCUGUGGCAUACUCCGUCGGAGCCGCCGCAAAGCGCAGGACGAAGGUCAAUCAGCGACUCAGCUAGUGGUCAUCGCGAGACCUUCGGCAACGCCAAUUCCGCCAUCAGCCCAAGGGUCCAAUCCCGCGAAUGCCUCAACAACGCCGCUGAGCACACCACUGCCGUCAUCCAGCCAAGCGGCAACCGCUCCUCAGAGUCUGCCUUUGUCAACGUCAGGCAGCCAACAUGUCCUCGACGCUCCCCAGGUCAUUCAAGCACAGCAGGAACGAGAGACACACGACGCGCCCGAACGACCAAAGCCGUAUGCUAGCAAUGCCGACCUUUGGAAGGAAGCUAUGGGCCAGCUGGACGAAUCGGGGAAACACAACAUUGAGAGUCUCAUAGGUGAACUAGGUGACGAGGCUUCGGAUACGAAGAGUCUGGCAGUGACUAUCCAGGAGCAAUUAAACGUGGCCUUCAAAACGCACCAACACGACACCAAGUUAGAGCGCAUAAUCGAAAGGUCCCUGGCAGUAUUAGGCAAAUUCCUUUCAGCUGUUGACGUAGCUGUGAGCUUUGACCCAGUGCACGCUGCUCCACCAUGGGCUGUUGUUCGUUCUGUUCUUGUGGCACAGCUUGUGAUGUCAAGUCGUGAUUUAAAGGAUCGGCUUAUCGCUGGAAUUGCUAUCGUGGCUUCACUCCUCGCACAAUGCGAUACAUACCAGCAAUUGUACAUGGUCCCGGAUCUUUCUCUUCGGCCUUCACCGGAGCCCUUGUCCGCAAUCAAGACUGUUAUUGUUCAGGCAUACAAUAAGAUUCAGCUAUUUCUUAGCUUCGCCCUCGAACAACAACGCAGUAAAAUCCGGCAUGUUGCUGCUGUGUUCAACGUUGCUAAUGCGGACAGUUAUGUUCAUGACCUCUCAAGGUGUGAGAAGGAGCUACACCAAGCCGCAGAUAUUUGCGAAAGACACUGUAAUCUAUCUAAUCGAUCUGCCGUUCAAGAACUACUGUGCCUCAAAGAAGACUUCUCAAAGAUCUUUCAAACCCAAAUUGACGUACUUAUGAACCGUAUCGAGAGCAGAGACCAGAUUGAAUUGCUAGAGUGGAUAUCUCGUAUACCAUAUGGGCAGCACCACAACAGAGUCAAAGAUGCUAGAACAAGCGACACGUGCGAGUGGUUGCUUAGUCACAAGUGGUUUCGUCAAUGGGAAAAUUCUAACGUGUCAACAAUUUUAUGGCUUCAAGGUUUUCCUGGUGCUGGUAAAACAUUUCUUGCCUCGAAAGUGAUUGAUCACAGACAAGCCCUAGUUGAAAGCUCGCCAAACCAGGAAGGCUUUGCAUUUUUCUAUUGCGAUCGGAAUGAGGAACAACGCCGACAGCCUCUCUCUGUUCUUCAAAGCUACGUGCGUCAAUUGUCGACAACGGCGAAGAAUCCCGACCGUAUCAGGAAAUCACUCCAGGACUGCUGUCAAAAGGCAAGGCAAUAUGGAUCAGAUCUCAGCUUUGAGAAUUGCAGAGACCAACUGUUAGAGUCAAUCAAUCUCUACCAUAAUACCACUCUCGUGCUUGAUGCCCUUGAUGAGUGUGAGCCGAGUUCACGUGGACGGAUCCUUGAGACAAUCGAAUAUCUUAUCUCCAAAUCAGCAAACAACCUCAAGGUUUUCAUCUCCAGCCGCCCCGACCAGGAUAUCAGAGACAGGUUCCUCAAAACUCCGAACAUCGAGAUCCAAGCGACCGAUAAUGAAAAAGACAUACAGAGAUUUGUCCGCGAGAAAAUCACGCAGCAUAAAAAUUGGCAAGGAAUGUCACAGAGCUUACAAAAAGACAUAGUCGAGACAUUAUUCGCAAAGAGUCAGGGAAUGUUCCAGUGGGCAUUCUUACAGAUUAACGAGCUACUUGGACUGCAAACGGAACGUGCCAUCCGAGAUCGAUUAGGCGGCCUACCUACUAGUCUUAAGGAGGCCUACGACGAAAUCUAUGAGAAGAUCAAGAAUCGCAACGAAUACGAUAGAGUCCUUGCCGACAAUGCUUUCAAAUGGGUCGCAUGUGCUUGCGAGCCACUCACUAGCGAACUGCUUCUAUCCGCGAUCCGUUUGGAUUCCGAUACAACUGAAAUCAAAUUAUUUGAUAUGAUCACCGAAUCCCAGCUUCUGGAUCUUUGCAACAACCUCCUUGUCAUUGACUCCGAGAGAGGAGUCUGGCGGUUCUCCCAUUUAUCGGUAAUCGAAUAUUUCGAGGUAAAUCACUGGGGCCUUCAAGAUGCCGAGUGCCAUGCUGCUAGCGUUUGUCUAAAGGGCCUUAUCAAAAUGUAUACGAAGGUGGACCAAGACGAGAUGGAUAAUCCGGAUUCCAAUCUUGACCACGGCUUAGUCCGUACUCAGGAGAAGCGGCCAGUUAGCUAUUAUCAAUCCCGCACCUCCUUCAAGAGUUAUUUAAAUGACCAUUGGAUGAACCACAUUCAAGCUCAAAAGAAGCAGGGGUGUAAUUCUAUUUUGGCGCAGCUGUUGAAACCUUUCCUCGGCUCUCCGACAGAGAGCAGUCUGCAAUACCGUGCAUGGUAUAAAGCUAUGGAUGAUCUUGAUUACUACGACAGGCCAUGGGAAAGUGACGACCUUGCACCAGAAACUACGGUGUUAUUUACAAUGUGCCGCUUCUCGCUCUACGAUGUCCUGCUAGACUGGUGGAAGGAUGCAGAAUUUGAUAUCUCGAUGACAACUGAGAGUGGGUACAAUCUUCUUACACUCGCCGCCAUUGGUGGAUGCAAACAAAUCUGUGAACAACUAAUAAAGCGAGGUAUGGAAGUGAAUCAGCAACUUCAACACAAGCAUUUUGGCAGUGCACUUGCUGCUGCCGCAUUUUGGGGACAUACCGAGAUCGUCAGAUUCUUGGUCAAGGAAGCUGGGGCAGACGUGAAUAUGCAGCUACAACGUGGCAGUUAUGGCAGUGCACUUGCUGCUGCUGCACAUUGGGGACGCAUAGAAAUCGUCGAAUUCUUGGUGGAAGCGGGGGCGGACGUGAACAUGCAAUUAAGGGGUAGAUAUGGCAAUGCACUUGCUGCUGCUGCAUAUGGGGAAGAGACCGAAAUCGUCAAAUUCUUAGUGGAAGCAGGGGCAGACGUAAAUAUGCAAUUAGGGUGCGAAUAUGGCAGUGCACUUGCUGCUGCUGCAUAUGGGGCAGAGACCGAAAUCGUCGAAUUCUUGGUGGAAGCAGGGGCAGACGUGAAUAUGCAAUUAGGGGGCAGAUAUGGCAGUGCACUUGCUGCUGCUGCAUAUGGGGGAGAGACCGAAACCGUUAAAUUCUUGGUGAAAGCAGGGGCAGACGUGAAUAUGCAAUUAGGGUGCGAAUAUGGCAGUGCACUUGCUGCUGCUGCAUAUGGGGGAGAGACCGAAAUCGUCAAAUUCUUGGUGGAAGCAGGGGCAGACGUAAAUAUGCAAUUAGGGGGCAGAUAUGGCAGUGCACUUGCUGCUGCUGCAUAUUGGGGAGAGACCGACACUGUCGAAUUCUUAGUGCAUGAAGCUGGGGCAGACGUGAAUAUGCAAUUAUGGGGCAGAUAUGGUGCACUUGCUGCUGCCACUGUAGGUACUCGCACAGUUACGGCAACAACAGACUUGCUGCCCAAAGCCGGGGCCGAUGCAAACAUGCAAUUCUUGAAUGGGAGGUACGGCAAUGCCCUCAUAUAUGCAAUUGCGAGGGAUCGAGAUGGUCCUCUCAGACUUCUAAUUGGUAACGGAAAAGCGGAUGUCAAUCAGCAAAUCCGAUAUGGGGGACUUGGUAGUGUGUUGGCUGCCGCAGCAUACUUUGGUGCGACAGAGUGUGCAAGGCUUCUGAUGGAGGCUGGCGCAAAAGUUGAUUUGAGAAUCAAGAACGGAGUAUUCAGGACGGCCAUUCAGGCUUCUCGGGUGUAUAUUCCCAGAGCUUGGAAACCUAAGCGUCGAUGGUGGGACGAUAGAUAUAGAUUAUGGGAAAGUGAUAGAGCUGAGAGUUUCAUAUCUCGAAGCCCGCCUAUAGCAAUAGGGUCAGCGAUUGAAUACAUCACAACAACAUUAGCUCCGAUAUUGUUCAUGCGCCUGGAAUCACUUUCUGUGUUUCCGCCUAGAAUACGUCUAAACUGGAUACUCAGAGUCCUAAAGCUAUCCUCUUAUCGUAAGCCUGAACCACAUCCAGGCAACGCCCAGGUGUACGAUCCAGGCAUGCUUCUCGAACCAACCAAGGCCAGUUUGAGUCAUAUUCUAGGUCUGCCCUUUGCGCGGUAA